GUUGGGCCAUUGGUUGUAGCCUUGGGUGCGGAUUAGCGCUCGGAAUAGCACUGUAUCGUAUGUCUGGGCGAGGGAGAGGUAAAGCAGGCGGGCGACGGGGCCGCUGGUCUAACUGUGGAUGUUAUUGGAUGGAGGGCAACAGUGUGAAUCCUGGUGGAGGACAACCAGCUGCUACGAAUCCAGUCCAGUACAGCGGGAGCAGUCCUGCGACGAACGUAUAUCCACUGGGUGUGAACCCGACACAGUUCACCACCACAUUCCAGGCACCAGCUGGAAUGUCUGUUAUGGGGCCGACUACAGUUCCGAACAUGGCGCCUCCAACUCCAGUGCAGUACCAGGCGGUCGCCCCGACAUGGGUGGGACAGCCUCCCAAUCUGCAGCCUGUAAGCAAUCAGCAGCAGAGCAAUAAGGCGCACCAACAACCUUCGAGUCAGCAAGCAACAGUUCCACACAGUACAGGGAAUGGAAGCAAUACCAGGAAGGGCCCAACUGCGAAUGCCUUCCCCGGCCCAGGGAAUCGGGCGUACUUCACGAAAGAGUAUAUGAAUAUUCUAGAGGACAUUAAGUUGAAUAAAGUUGUUGAAGACGCCCGGAAGAAGAUCGCCAGUGGGAGACGUGGAGGCUUGCGAAAUUGGGGCCUGCCUAAUGAAGGCAGCAGAUCUGAAGUGCGAUCUGCUGACAAGGUGCGGUCUGCCGAUAAGAGUGAUGAGAUGAAAGCUUGGGUGACGACGACACUUGGCGACUCACUGAAGUUAAUCACGGAGAAGCUCCGGAAGGUGGAUCACAGAGCUAAGCUUGCGAUAGCUGAGAAGGAUGAACUCAUCAGGCUGCGCGAGGCGAAGGUUCAGUUAGAGAAAGGAAGUAAAGAUUCGGCUAGUAAUAAGAAGAGGAAGAGAGGAGGGGAAUGCACCCCAGUAGCCAACUCACCUCGUGUGAACCGUGUGAAGUCCCGCACAGGAACGGGCAACAAGACCAAGUCGCGCUCGAAGAGGAUCGUGGUAUCGUCGGACGAAGAAGAUAGCGGUACGGUGAAGCAGAAUCUUCAACCAAAGAUGGAUUCGAGCAGCGAAUUGUCGGAUAUCAAAACAAUGUUAGCAGCCCUCCUGCAACGGAUCGGCAACGCGAAAGGGAAGGCACCUGUCAUUGCACUGAAGCCUGUAAAAGUUGAAGCAUGUAAGGAAGAGGAGGGGGGCAAAGACGUGGAUGUAGUGCAGAACGAACCUCUUGACGAAGAAGAGGAAGAAAAUGACGAAGGAGGGUUAGCCGCAUACAUGAAGAUGCGACAAGAAUUUUACAGCUCGUUACAUUACACUCACGUACAAGAACUCUACAAGCAAAAGAAUAUACAGUAUUUUCGGAAGGAUGCAGGAGCUUGGGAGCUCGCAAGGUUGGACCUGCAGGAAUACGCCAACCUAUUGAAGGAGGAGAAGCCAGUGCAUUGUGCUGAAUCAUUUCGACCCACCACGUCCUUCUCCAAUGGGACCAAUGAGAAGGACGCUGGACCAGAUGACCCUGUAAAGGGAAACUGAAGUGGGGUUCACUUCGUGCACGGGGUGGACUGAACACUGAGAGAAGGUUAACAACAGUCGUAUUUCUCAUCACCAC